AUGUCUUACGGCGUGUUCAUCCGCAUCCUACGCCGCCUACUGCUUAUUGCUGGAUUCCCCCUUCUUCCGCGUUGCUACGCCUUCCGGGUCGGUGCCGGCGCGGAAUUCGACGGCUGCCUCUCCAGCGCGCUGCGCAACUUUAUCAUAAGCUAUUCGACUGGCGUGUACGAGAACAACUACAUGUCGAAGCAGGUACGGGAAGACAUCGCCAGGUGUCGCUUUGGAGCGUUUGCGGGAACCAACGACCUACUCUUCGACCUGCUCUGGGACCUUACCAUGCAGAACGACCCCGGCGCGCCCAUUAAUCCUAACUCUAAGAUCUUAGGCAGCGAUUACGGCUUAAUAGCGUUGUUCACGGGUUACACCAUCUCUGAUAUUGGCAAGCCUGCAAAAGAAUUCGUCUUCGAUGAUGGUGCCGAGGAACGGUUGGAAAAGGCCAUGUCUUUUCUCUGUCUGGAGUGCCCGUCUUUCCAGGCCGAGAGUGCGCCGAGCUACUCGGGACACGAGAUGCUCUGCCACCUGAGCGAGACGCAUGGCCACCUGGAUAUUACGCGCUGUCUACUCUGCGUCUGGAACGGCAGUCUUCGCGGCCUCGAGACGCACGUUCGAGGUCACUUCAAGAAGGGCCCCGUCGCGUGUCUAGUUUGCGACGACAAGGAUGUGGUGCCGCUCGACAGCUACGUCCUGUGGUAUGCUCACCUGGAUGCGCUGCACGAGCGCGACGGGCUUGCAGGAUUAAAGCCGCCGCCAAAGGAAACCCAAAAUAGGAUCGCCGGCACCAAGCGCAAGAGAUCCCGAUGCCGCGAGAUGGAGCUCAAGCUGGACUUCGAGGAGCGGACCGCCACAGAGCUGGACUAG